AACAUUCACACGCACACACCUUAACACCGAUACAUGCAUAUACAUACAGCUGUAUAUGUAUAUGUAUAUCUCAAGACAUUAAUCCCAGGACAAAGGAGGCAACGGCAAAUGAAUCCCUAUGCUUUUCUGUUAUCCAUGCGGUCUCUUUCCACCAACGGCUCUCACUGGUGAAGACUGUGACAGGAAAAGCCAUAGUUGCCGGCCCUGGGCUCUCAGGCACUGACAUAAGGAUGACAGCAUCAGUGUCUUCUUCCAGGCCUCCCUCUUCCUGAUCAGAGGCAGGGCCGACGGUGCAGCCACCGCUGAGCAGCCUUCUCGCCCGCACAACCUCCCUCAGCCUCCCUGAGUCCCCCACGCAGCCCCAAUGGAGUCUGCGCAGGCGUGCUGGGAUGGGUGGGGGUCACGGAACAAACCCUCUCCGCCCCCACACCCCACGGACGCCAGGUACCUCUUUCUCCUGGCUGGAGGAGGUGUCCUGGCUUUUGCUGCCAUGGGUCCCUACUCUCUGCUCAUCUUCAUCCCUGCGCUCUGCGCUGUGGCUCUGGUCUCCUUCCUCAGUCCACAGGAAGUCCAUAGGCUGACCUUCUUCUUUCAGAUGGGCUGGCAGACCCUGUGCCAUCUGGGUCUUCACUACACCGAAUACUACCUGGGUGAGCCUCCACCCGUGAGGUUCUACAUCACUCUUUCUUCCCUCAUGCUCUUGACGCAGAGAGUCACAUCCCUCUCACUGGACAUUUGUGAAGGGAAGGUGGAGGCCCCGAGGCGGGGCAUCAGGAGCAAGAGUUCUUUCUCUGAGCACCUGUGGGAUGCUCUACCUCAUUUCAGCUACUUGCUCUUUUUCCCUGCUCUCCUGGGAGGCUCCCUGUGUUCCUUCCGGAGGUUUCAGGCUUGCGUUCAAAGAUCAAGCUCUUUGUAUCCGAGUAUCUCUUUUCGGGCUCUGACCUGGAGGGGUCUGCAGAUUCUCGGGCUGGAGUGCCUCAAGGUGGCGCUGAGGAGCGCGGUGAGUGCUGGAGCUGGACUGGAUGACUGCCAGCGGCUGGAGUGCAUCUACCUCAUGUGGUCCACAGCCUGGCUCUUUAAACUCACCUAUUACUCCCAUUGGAUCCUGGACGACUCUCUCCUCCACGCGGCGGGCUUUGGCGCUGAGGCUGGCCAGGGGCCUGGAGAGGAGGGAUACGUCCCCGACGUGGACAUUUGGACCCUGGAAACUACCCACAGGAUCUCCCUGUUCGCCAGGCAGUGGAACCGAAGCACAGCUCUGUGGCUCAGGAGGCUCGUCUUCCGGAAGAGCCGGCGCUGGCCCCUGCUGCAGACAUUUGCCUUCUCUGCCUGGUGGCACGGGCUCCACCCAGGUCAGGUGUUCGGCUUCCUGUGCUGGUCUGUAAUGGUGAAAGCCGAUUAUCUGAUUCACACUUUUGCCAACGUAUGUAUCAGAUCCUGGCCCCUGCGGCUGCUUUAUAGAGCCCUCACUUGGGCUCAUACCCAACUCAUCAUUGCCUACAUCAUGCUGGCGGUGGAGGGCCGGAGCCUUUCCUCUCUCUGCCAACUGUGCUGUUCUUACAACAGUCUCUUCCCUGUGAUGUACGGUCUUUUGCUUUUUCUGUUAGCGGAGAGAAAAGACAAACGUAACUGAAAUCUUUCCCUGCCCUUCAUCUCACCUAGCCAUUAAAUACUGCUUAGGAAAUGCCAGAAGAUGCCUUGAUGAAUAAUGUAUUUAAAACUAUUCAUAGUGAAAGUUUUUAAGUAUUGGAUGGAUAAACCUGAUGGCUGGCCACAGAGAUGUGUUUCUCUUCUGUGGUGGUUUGAAUAGUAAUGGCUCCCAUAUGUUUAUAUAUUUAAAUGCUUAGAGGGUGACACUACUUGAAAGGACUAGGAGGUGUGGCUUCAUCGGAGGAAGUGUGUCACUAGGCUUUGAAGUUUCAAAAGCCCAGUCCUAGUUUAGCGUCUUUCCCUGUAGCUUGCCGAUCUGGAUAUAGAACUCUUAGCUCCUCCAGCACCAUGUCUGCCUGCAUGCCGCCAUGCUUCCUGCCAUGAUGAUAAUGGACUAAACCCCUGGAAUUAUAAGUCAGCCCCAAUUAAAUGAUUUCCUUUAUAAAA